AACCUUAUUUGAAACGAAAAAUAAUAAUGAGAGCUUUGUGAGCCAAAAGAUAAAGCGAAUCCAUAUAUUAAAACAAAUCCUAAUUGUAUGUAUAUUUAGAACCUUUUCCCCAAGUAAUAUGGGAUUGCAAAACUCUUCUUAAAAGCAUCACAACUGUAUGCUUUUUUAUUCUUGUUCCACACAAUUGUCUUCCCUCUCCCCCAUAACCCAAAACCAGAGAAUUCUGCAUAUAGCUACGCACACAUUAUCUAAAAAAAUAAAAUAAAAAUCUCCAUAAUCAGAACUCACUUUUUACGUAUCGAUAUCAUGCAGGUAUGAAGAUAGAUCUCCAGAAAUUACCCUUCGCUCUCAAGCCUUUCAUCCUUUCCCUCUUUCUUUGUCUUUCCUUCUUAGCAUUCCUUUCUUUUCAAACCCCACAUCACUCUCUUCACAAACCCACCCUAUUACUUCCACCGGACCUCCGAAUCCGACCCGGAUAUUCAUCAUACGAUGCAUACAUCGAGCGCCAGCUCAACAAGACGCUCAACCCGAAACUCCGAAAAAUCUGGACGACCCGAGAUUGGGACCGAAAGGUUCGAGUCUUCUCCGAUUUCUUCGACAAUUUGAAGCUUCAAGGUUUCCUAUCUAACGAUUCGAAAGCUCUUUGCGUUGGGGCACGGGUAGGCCAGGAAGUAGCGGCAUUGAAACGGGUCGGAGUUAACGAUUCAGUCGGUAUUGAUCUGGUGCCUUACCCUCCGUUAGUAAUCAAAGGCGAUUUCCAUCAUCAGUCGUUUGAUGAUCGGACUUUUGACUUAGAAUUCUCGAAUGUAUUUGAUCAUGCGCUUUAUCCAUGGAAAUUCGUCGGAGAAAUCGAACGGACGUUGAAGCCCGGCGGAAUUUGCGUGUUACACGUGUCGUUAUCUAGACGGGCUGAUAAAUAUUCAGCCAAUGAUUUGUACAGUGUGGAGCCACUAAAGGAAUUAUUCAAAGUGUCUGAGCUGGUUGAGGUGAGACGCAUUGAUGGAUUUGGGUUGGAUACAGAAGUGGUUUUUAGGAAGAAGAACAACUUGUAGAAAAGUAAAGCAAUUCAGUUAUUGUGAUUUGAUUUGAUUUUUUUACGUUACUUGUUAAAUAAUUAUUUUAUGUAUCUCUAAAUUCUUAUAGAUUAGUUGAAUGUUGGAAGAGACACCAUCUAAACAAUAGAAACUAUACAAGUUC